UAGCGGCCGACCGCCACACCCAACCAUCGCGGCCCCUGCCCCUUCCCCGUUCGUCCCCUUCCCCUGGCCGCCGCCGCCCCCAAUCCCACCUCCUCGCGCUCGCCCCCCUCCCUUUGACCCCACCCGCUCCCGAGAAGCUUCGUCGCCUUGACUCUCUAUUUAUCCCCCGAUCGCCAAGAACAACUCCACUCCGCUCCCCCAUUUUUUUCUCACCUCCCGUGGCAGCAGCCGGCCAACACCCGCACCGCAGUCCACAGCAAGAACCAAGCCACAGCGAAGAAAAGAUCCAAUGGUGAUGGCGCCGGCGGCGGCGCAGCAGCAGCGGCGCCGCGACGCGGAGGCGGAGCUGAACCUGCCCCCGGGCUUCCGGUUCCACCCGACGGACGAGGAGCUGGUGGCGCACUACCUCUGCGCGCGCGCCGCGGGUCGCCGCCCCCCGGUGUCCAUCAUCGCCGAGGUCGACCUCUACCGCUUCGACCCCUGGGACCUGCCCGAGCGCGCCCUCUUCGGCCGCCGCGAGUGGUACUUCUUCACGCCGCGGGACCGCAAGUACCCCAAUGGCUCCCGCCCCAACCGCGCCGCCGGGUCGGGGUACUGGAAGGCCACGGGAGCGGACAAGCCCGUGGAGCACGGUGGCAGGACGGUCGGCGUCAAGAAGGCGCUCGUGUUCUACCACGGCAAGCCGCCGCGCGGGGUCAAGACGGAGUGGAUCAUGCACGAGUACCGCCUCGCCGACGCCGGCGCCCGCGCCCGCGCCAGGAAGCCCGGCACCGGCACGCUCAGGUUGGAUGACUGGGUGCUCUGCCGGCUGUACAACAAGAAGAACGAGUGGGAGAAGACGCAGCAGCAGCAGGAGAAGAAGCAGAAUCAGAAGCAAAUGGAGUCGGAGGCCUCGCUCUCGCACUCCCACUCAGACACGCGGACGCCGGAGUCGGAGAUCGACGACGACCCGUUCCCGGAGCUGGCCUCGCUGCCGGCACUCGACGACAUGAUGGGCCCAGCAGCAGCAGCGCCUGCCGGCGCCAUCUUGCCCAAGGAGGAGGUGGAAGACUUGGGCGGCCUCGGCGGCGACGACUGGCUCGCGGGCAUCAACCUCGACGACCUGCAGAUCCCGGGCGAGGCCGACUUUUAUGGCUCCAUGCUCGUGUCGCCGAUGGCCGCCAAGAUGGAGCAGGACGCCGCCGGCUUCCCGUUCUUCUGAGACCUUCUGCGCAACGCAAACUGUGUAUAGUUCAGAUUUCUUCAGGAUUCGGAGAAAAAAACAGUUCUGCUGAUAUCUGGUUGUAGUGGUUUAGUGCACAAGCAGCAGUAUGCCGGUCAGUUAAGAUUGAAGUCCAUUGUAGUUCAUCACCACUUGAGCUGUGACUGUGAUAAGUGACAGCAUUCUUUCAUUUCUGGUCUGCUAAUUCUUCAAUGGUCAGAAUAUAGUUUGUGGCCUUCCCAGAGUGGUCACACCACUGUGGAGCCUUGAGAUGGAGUAAAUUUUUUCUUCAAGGUUU